AUGUCGCCGCCGGAGGAAGAGGGCCGGCACGCGGAGGCCUCGCUGACAGUCCGCGUGGAGGCGGGGGCGGUGCGCGGCCGCGUCGCGGAGGCGGAGGGGGCGGCGGGCUGCCACCGGCGCUACCGCUACCGCAGCUUCCAGGGCAUCCCGUACGCACGGCCGCCAGUCGGCCAACUGCGGUUCAAGCCCCCGGAAGCAGUGGCGCCGUGGGUGGGCGUGCGCGACGCCAUCUGCGAGGGGGCGGAGUGCGCGCAGCUGGACUUCUGGGAGCGUCACUACAAGGGGGACGAGGACUGCCUCUACCUCAACGUCUACACGCCGCUGGUGGAACCCGCCCCCAGCCCUGGUGGCUGGCCUGUUAUGGUGUGGGUGCAUGGGGGCGGCUUCGCCCACAGCUCGGGCACAACGCGCGAGUAUGGACCAGACUACCUGGUGGCACACCAGGUCAUCCUCGUCACCUUCAACUACCGUCUGGGACCGCUCGGCUUCCUGACGACGGGCGACGCAGCGUGUCCCGGCAACAUGGGCCUGCGCGACGUGCUGGCGGCGCUGCAAUGGGUGCGUCGCAACAUCGCCGCCUUCGGGGGCGACGCCGACAACGUGACCAUUUUCGGCGAGAGCGCCGGCUCCAUCAUCUGCCACGGGCUGCUGCUCUCACCCGCCGCCGAUGGCCUGUUCCACAAGGUGAUCUGCCAGAGCGGCGUGACGUUCGCGGCAGCGCUCAACAGCCCGGUGGCGGACCGCUCGUGGCGGCUGGCGCGCCACAUGGGCCUGCCGGCGGGGGCGUCCUCCCGCGAGAUGCUGGACUUCCUGCGAGGCCAGCCCGCCAGGGCACUGGUCGAGAACCAGAUGGCCGCGCGCUCCCAGCAGGACGUGGACAUGCUGGAGCAGUUCCCGUUCGUGCCGGUGCUGGAGGCGGCUGGCAGCCCGGGCGCGCUCAUCACCCGGGAGCCGGCGGACCUGCUGCGCAGCGGCGCCUUCCGCCAGCGGCCGCUCAUCAUCGGCUUCACCUCCAGGGAGGGCCUGCUCUUCUUCAAGGACAUUCUCCAAAACAAGUCAGCGAUACCAGAUCUGGACAAAAACUUCCACAAGAUCAUCCCAUCCAACGUGCCCAUGAAGGACCCUCUCCGUGUCUUCGUGGGGAAGAAGAUAAAGAAGUUCUACUUCGGCAGCCAGCCGUUUGACGAGUCCAGCAUCGGAACGUACUGUGACGUGCGGGGCGACAUGCUGUUCUUCUACCCGUCGGUGCUGGCGGGCCGCCUCCACGCCCGCCUCCGUGACGCCGCCCCACUCUACCUGUACCACUUCGCCGUCGACGGCCGCCUCAACAUGUUCAAGAAACGCUUCGGCGCUGACGCCUACACAGGUGCGAGCCACGGGGACGACGUGCUGCACCUGUUCACGGCCGACUGCUGCCGCGAAGUCCAGCUGGAGCCAGACUGCCUGGAGGCCAGAACCGUCGCCCGCAUGACGCGCAUGUGGACCAACUUCGCCAAGACGGGGAACCCGACGCCGGACGCCGGCGACCCCGUGCUGGGGGGCGUGGCGUGGCCGUCCAGCGGCGGCGGCCGGCUGCGCUACCUGGACAUCGGCGGGGGCGGGCUGCGCGUGCUGUCCGAGCUGCCCCCCGCCUACCAGCGGCGCGUCGCCUUCUGGGACGGCCUGGCCGCCAGCCCCGCCGUGCUCAAGGUCGUCGAGUUCGUCGUCUGCUGCCGCGCCGCGCUGGCGCGACUCCUGCGCGGCAACUGACAACUCACACCUGCCAGCUGAAAAGUGCGUCGGGAAUGACGCGAGUUAACUAGGGCAAAGCUCCUGCCAACGUGCUCCCAGAAAUCUCUUCUUUCCAGCUUAUAACACUCUCCUGCAUGGAAUGGACAUUGAAAGAGCUCCCUGUUACACCUGUCUCUUACUGUAUUUUUCGAAUUUAUCGCCUCUCUCACAAACAGUUCAUCUUUUGUACAGUGGUAACGAGUGUGUUCUGCGUCACGUAACUUACACAACUCACAAAAGAAGACGUGCUUCUGUCACAGGCAAGAGUUGCAUAAACCGACAACAGACAAAAGUAUGAUGUUGUUUCAAUAAGUGGUCACAAAUGUUGCCAACUCGUAUUUCACUUACAAUCUCUGCUGGUGUGAUGUCUGGAAUGCUUUAUCGGUAUGUAACUACGCUGCCAUACUAUAGAUGUGAAAACUUUGUACCCCCUUGUAGUGUAACGACGUAAGUUUUGUAUAAAUGAUUUUGACAUAUGACCAUGUGCAGACUUCGUCACCUACGUCAGUUACAAAACACUUAAAAAUUAUUUAAAUUCUUUUUAAAGUUGUCUCUGAAUGGUUCUUGAACGAAACUGUAAUUAAAACAUCAUCAUUUGUGUCGUAUGCGCAGAAUUACGUCACUCAGUCCAUUUGGUUUGCGCAAACCAUUUUCAAUUUAGAUGUCGUUUGUUUCUUCUCAGAAAUUAUAUUAAUGCAAGUUAUCUGCUUUAAUAAAUAUUAAAACCACACUGAAUAAACUUUUAAGACUCAAAAUCGCGAUGAACGUUGUCAAAAAUUAAUAAUCUUGUCAAAUAAAUCAGUAAUACUUCUUCCUUAAUAUAAUUCUUCAUAAAUAAAUUCUCGGAACACGUAUUUAAACUUUUGUAGUAUACACUAGUUUAUUAUCUUCAUAGAUACUACAUAUAGACGUGAACAUGAGCCUUGACAAGAUAGGACUGAACAUUUACAACACGAUUAAACUUUCUAUGACGUCAUUGUUGUAGAAACAUUACAAAUUCUUAUUUUUUCAGUUUUUAGAAGCACGACGCAACAACUCGGUUUCAGGAUCUUCUGUUGCUCUCUGGCUGUCGACCCGCGACGUAUAGUGGCCAGCAAUUUUCUCUCUGGUCGCGGCAGCGAAGAUGCUGUCUCCGUUCGUUGCGCCGCCUUCUCCGUACAUGAAACGUAAAAAUAAAUACAAAACUUUAGAUAAUUUACAAACAUUACAAAUAUUACAAAAUACAUAAACAAAACACUAAAUUAAACUUAUAUACACCUGCAAACUGGGCUGACACUGGUGGAUGGGUGACGCUUCAAUUUCGCGUCCCACUACACCAUGUCGUGCGACAGUUGUCUCAUCCGUGAAAAUACUGUCGUCUAAUGUGGCAAUUAUAAAUUUCUGGAUCCCUUUAUCUACUUCUCCUUUUACGUGAGGACUCCCAGUCCUUAAUAUUAACACGUACUCUCGAAGCACUCUCAGCAUUUCUUUUACAGUUCUACUGCCUUUUUCCUUUACAUAAUACGGCAAGCAGUGGCCGAACCUGAACCAAACGAAAGUUAGUAUUGUUUGGGAGACGUCACACUCAUGUAGUCCAUACAUCCUAUAAACUCAACAGCAACAGCCAUAACGUUUCCAACCGGCGCACACCGCUGCGCCUAUACCAGAGCACCUGAGCAAACCUACAUCUACAUACAUUCCAAAGCAAAACAAUUUCUGUGGACCCCAAGUCUUGGACCAUCAAAUAUGCCCGGACACUGAACCCUCCUGCCAGAUCCAACUCACGCCUUCUCGUUCUUUCCUUAAACAGGGUCCACCUCCCCUCAUUUGUUUUCUUUGCUUUCCCCUGCAUAACGAUGGACAAACUCCUUCCUUACAUCACUUCCCCAACUGUCAUGUACCCUGAUAUAAACCCUCCCACUUAAACUUGUUCUCCUUGUUAAGCGGCAUUUUGGAGCACUGCCAGUCCAGGACUGACAAUCAGGAACAAAAGAGGACGCUGAACAGUACAUUUAAAAGAUGAAAACAAUGUUCUGCAAUGGCUAAUUUCCCCUUUGGAAAUAUUGGCACAUUUCGUUACGAGGUGACAUGUGCACUAACCGUAACUACGACAAAAAAUUAAAAGGUCACUGCACUAGCGACUUGCCCUAAUCAAAGAAAACAAGGAAAGGAUGUGCGCUUAUGAGCCGGCUCAGUGCUCCACAUCAGUAUCCGUGAUGCUACCAACUCAAAAACGAAGGUCAGUCAGAAACUGAUACCUCCUUUCUUUAUUAUUAUCUUACAAGGAAAGCAAAU